AUGGCGGGGCCAGACGACCCCACGGCACCGCGCGUGUCGCUGCUGUACCGCUCCCCGGGCUCGAGUGGAAUCUGCCUGGCAACCGUCCUCGGCCCAGACGGACUCCGGCGCGAUGCCGUGACGAUGCGCCUCGUCCGGCCACACGUGUUUUGCCUCGACGUCCCGGGCGCCCAGCCUGGCGACGUAGUGCGGGUGCGGUUCUUCGACGACCGCGCGUGGGUGUGCGCGUCCAACCACCCCGUGCGCAACGUCGACGGGACCAGCAUGAACGCCAUCCGCGUGCCGGAGCCCGAGGAGAGCGGGCGGUGGGAAAUACACUGCACAGGAUACGCGUUCAAGACGCGCGCGUCAACCGACCUCACCCAGUACCAGUUCCGCACGGAGGGCGGCUCGAACGCCGUCGCCUGCACGACCAUGUCGACGCUCGUGCUCUCGCGGCUGUCCUCGGGCGCUCUCUCCGCCACCGAGGCCCCCCCGCGCGAGGCCCUCGACGCCAUCCUGCUGGAGGGCGCGCUCUGGGACGCGUGCGCGCGCGCGGAGCUGCGAGGGGCUGGGAUGAGGCCCAACUCGCAUCUGUCGGUGCUGGACCUGAUCGACGUCGAGGCGUUCAAGAAGUGCAUGAAGGCGCGCAGGAACCGGCAGGGUAUCGCCGCGGACGGGUUUCGCCAGGCGGUCACGGCGGUGGAGUGGGGCCGCAAAGCAGAGGCCAGCUACGCUAAGAAGGGUCAGAGCGAGCGGCUGCCGGGUCGCGGGUACGGGCUGAGCAUCACGUGUCGCGGGCAGACGGUGGGGGUGUUCGUGCCGUGGCGCGGGGCGGGGGAGCUGCAGCUGUUCGACUCGCACGGGUACGAGUUCGGGGACGGGCAGCCCUCAGGGGCGUACGUGUGCACCUUCCGCGACGCGGAGCAGCUGCAGAGGUUCCUGGCGCAACGCUUCCCGCACCUGCCCGGGUCGGACAUCUACACGGAGGCGUACGAGAUCAACUACGUGACUCACCGGGAGUCCUCCACCUCGCGCGGCACCUUCCCGCUGAACGCGGCCAGCCUCGCGGACACGCUGCGCGCUCUGGCACUCACGCCGCUCGCUGCGGAGGACGCGCUGAGCCCCGCAACGGCCACGGCGCUCGCGCGCGGGUUCGCCGCCGUCGGGGACGCGGCCUGCGCGGAGCUGCGGCGCGCGAUGGGGGGCUACGAGCCGCCUGCGCUGCCCCCACCGCCCCUGCGCGCCGACGCAGAUGCCACGCAGGAGCUGGGCACCGAGCCGGACACCCCGGCGUCCACGCUCGGUCAGACGGGCAACUCCAACCUCCAGGCCACCACCGAGUUCGGAUCUCUCGCGUCCGCGGGCUCGUGGGGCUCGGGCAAGUUUGACGAGGAGCUGCAGGCGGCCAUCCUGAUGUCCCUGCAGGAGAGCCGCACGGGCGGGGCGAACCUUGCGGCGCCGACGGAGAGCCAGCCGCAACCUGUGCUGUCCGGUUCCGCAGUCGCACAGAGCCGAGAGGUGGAGCGGCGGGAGGCUACGGAUGAGCGGUCGGACCUCCCUCCCGCACGCACGGUCAGCCCCGUGCGGGGCGCGGAGCAGGCAGCUGAUGUCCACCCGGCGGUGGGCGCCACGUCCCGCGUCACGGCGGGCGGGUCGGAGCCCCCGACGCAGCCUUCCCGCGUCGCGGUGCCCUCUGUGCCCCUCCCAGCGCCUCGAGCGCGAGACGAGGGUACAAGCGCCCCGGCACCGCCACCAGGCCGCAGCACCGACUCGGCGACGCCGCAGACGACGCCGAAGCGGUACGCUCGUCCGAUUUCAGCCAGGCCGACGUACGACAGCGAGCGACCCAUUCCACAGGCGUGGGGGCACGGCUCGGCGUACACAACGGACGCGUCGCCGUCGGGCCGCAUCAGGGCCGUGGCGAACACCACUUCCCCGUCGGCCGCAAGGGAGUACGACCGGCCUGCGUCGAGCGCGUACCGCCGCACGCUGUACGCCGGGAGCACCAGCCCAGCGCACACGAGCGGCUACGCCGUGGACAGGAGCGCGCUGCCGGAGUCGUCGGGGGCGCGGUACGAUACGUACAGAUCGACGUACACCUCGCGCACGUACCGCGACUACGACUACACGACGACUGGCCGCGAGUCGACCGCCAGGGCACCUGCGACACACGCCUACGCCUACACGGCGCCGAGGAGCGCGCAAUACGACUACGGCUCGACGCUCGGAGCUCGGCCAUCCUCUGCCGCGGACGCGUGGCGCUCCAGCUCGACGUGGACGUCGUCGACGUCACCCCUUAUUUCAACGACGACGACGACGACGACGACGACAGGCAGGACGGGGCUCUCGCGCGGCCGGUUCGAGACGGGGCUGCAGGGCGGCGGCGCCCCCACCAGUCGACCGUCGCGGUACGGUGCUGACGCCGUGCAGGACAUCAUCGAUAAGGUGGACCGCCUGCGACUCUCGCUGCCGCAGAGCAGGACCAAAGUCGACCCGUACGCGCUGUAA